UUGGCCCAAUACCCCUAUAGGACCGAGCUUCAUGAAUUUUGCCCCCUCAAUUCAUUUCUUUUUUGAUCUACCCCUCCAAUCUUUUAAAAUCCCAAAAUACCCUUAUGUGUUUUUUUUUUUAUAUGUUUUUUUCUUUCCUUUCUUCGACUUUUCCCCUCCAUCUCUUUAUCCAUAACCAGACCUUAGGAGCCCUCUGUUUCCUUUCAUGAAUCGGCCGGAUUGUAAGCGUGGAGACUGCGCGUUUUGAAGGAGAUGGUGAAGAGGCGACUCAGAGAGAAAACUGCAGGAUUUUAGAGAGCCCUAGGAGCAGAAGCAGAAGCAACAGGCAUUUCUUGCUGAGAGAUAUGUAUGAUGAUAUGAUGCUGGAUGGAGUACAGCCAAGUAGGGAUACAUUCCAUUCUGUCAUCAGUUAGUGGAAAGGUGCUUUCAUGUUUGUUAUCAUGGACUUUCAUUCUUUCUGGAAUUUUCCGUUUGGUUGAUUUUGUUUUGUUGCAGGUGGAUAAGCAAAAUGCUCAUUUCUUUGGUGUUACGAUCAGCGAGCAACAAGCCGAGUGUGGUAUUGUAGAAAGAGUUACUUCAAAUGCACAAAGCAAAUUUAAGUUACUUUAUUUCGAGCAAGAUGUGAAUGGCGGUUAUGGUUUGGCCCUACAGAUGGAUAAUUGAUCCUCCUCUGGAGGUCAAUGUACCAUCAAAACGCACACCAUGGCCUGAUGCCCCUCCUGAACUCCCUACCAAUGAAAAUGUAGUGUUGGGCAUCCAAGAGCAUGCUGUAAAGCAUCCUACAAAGACCCGCACAUCUAGAUCAAAGAGACGAAGCAAGAGAAAGCAUGACACAAGAACGGUGGACACACAGGUUGCUUCAAAGCAUUCUGAACAAAUUUUAAAAUCUUAGCACGAAGACGGCUAGAGAUGCAUGCUGCUGUGUGAAUUUUAGGCAUCAUUCUUCAGCAUCAUAAAAAAAUUUGAAUUGCAAAGGCUUAUUAGCACAGAGGCAGAUGGCCUAACCUGGUAUAUGUGAAAAGAAUCCUUCACGCUGGGCCAGUUGAUAACAGGCAUUGGAGUUUGAAUUUUCACUUAAUUUUUCACAAAUUUUUUCUUUCUUUUAUAUAUUUUUGUUUGGGAUAUCAGGAUUCUGGUUCAGCAUGAGGUAUGCCAGCAAAGUCUUGCCGUGUCUGCUACCUUGUAGGACUUUGUAUCCAAUAUGUUUCGAAUCUUAUACAUAAUAUUGGAACA